AUGACCGAAAUCACACAUCCCACCAUCAAAGAUGGAUGGUUCUCUGAAAUCUCUGAGAUGUGGCCGGGUCAGGCUAUGACCCUUCGAGUCAACCAAAUCCUCCACCACGAGAAAUCAAAAUACCAGGACGUCCUCGUUUUUGAGAGUAGCGAUCAUGGUACCGUGCUGGUUUUGGACAAUGUUAUUCAGUGCACUGAGCGCGAUGAAUUCUCCUAUCAGGAAAUGAUCACUCACCUCGCGAUGAACUCCCACCCUAACCCCAAAAAAGUCCUCGUCAUUGGUGGAGGUGACGGCGGUGUCCUCCGUGAAGUUGUCAAGCACGAAUCAGUCGAAGAGGCUGUUCUCUGCGAUAUCGAUGAGGCUGUCAUUCGCGUCUCAAAGAAAUAUCUCCCCGGGAUGAGCCUUGGCUUCCAGCAUCCUAAUGUGAAGGUCCACAUUGGCGACGGCUUCAAGUUCCUCGAAGAGCGAAAGAACGAAUUCGACGUCAUCAUUACCGACAGCUCUGAUCCCGAAGGCCCCGCCGAAGUCUUGUUCCAGAAGCCGUAUUUCGAGUUGUUGCACGGCUCGCUCCGGGAGGGAGGAGUCAUUAGUACUCAAGGUUCCGAGAACCAAUGGCUUCAUAUCAAGCUGAUUACCGACCUCAAGAAACUCAUGAAGGAGGUGUUCCCCGUUGUUGAAUACGCCUACACGACCAUUCCCACAUACCCAUCCGGUCAAAUUGGAUUCCUCGUUGCCUGCAAGGAUGCCAGCCGAAACAUUCGUGAGCCUGUGCGAUCGUGGACUAGAGAAGAGGAGGACAAGCUGUGCAGAUACUACAACCAAGACAUCCACCGGGCAAGUUUCGUGCUACCGAGUUUCGCGAGAAAAGCUCUUGAGUAA